UUAAAAAAGAGGGACCGUAUCUAAAGUGGGACCUUCCCGUUUCCGAACUCAAAACACGUUUCCGCCGAUGAUUUGUGGAGACCGGUCCGGAUCGACUGAGCGGCGCCGUUAAUCGCAUGAAAGAGAUGAGCGGCAAUGAGUUCCGAUUCUUUUUGUCCUGCGACAUCAAUCUUCCAGUUACCUUUCGCAUCGAGAGGUUGGAAGGCAAUUUGCCUUCUGUCAAGUCCUCUAUCUCAGAAUUUGAUUACACUACAGAGGAGAGAAGAGCUGAGCUAUAUGUUGAAUGUGCACUAUUCAUUGAUGGUGCUCCAUUCGGGCUUCCCACUAGAACAAGGUUGGAAUCUACAGGACCAUCAUAUUGCUGGAAUGAACUCAUUACUUUGAGUACAAAAUAUCGCGACCUAACUGCUCACUCACAACUUGCAUUAACAGUUUGGGAUGUUUCAUGUGGGAAAGAUGAGGGAUUGAUUGGUGGGGCUACCAUUCUUCUCUUUAGCAGCAAAAAGCAACUCAAAACAGGGAAACAGAAGCUUAGGCUUUGGCCUGGAAAAGAAGCAGAUGGAUCAUUUCCAACAACUACUCCUGGAAAGGUCCCUAGGCAUGAGCGUGGAGAAUUGGAGCGUCUAGAAAAGCUUAUGAACAAGUAUGAAAGGGGACAGAUUCAGCGUGUUGAUUGGCUGGAUCGCCUCACAUUCAAAGCCAUGGAGAAAAUCAAGGAACGAGAAAGCUGUAAAAAUGGAAGUUCUCAUUUAUAUCUGGUGGUUGAUUUCUGCAGUUUCGAACAUCGAGUUGUUUUUCAGGAGUCGGGAGCGAACUUUUUCUUGCCAUCCCCUCCUAUAGCUUCUACAAAUGAACUUGUUAUUGUGUGGGAUCCAGAAGUGGGGAAAAUGAAUCCCUCCGAGCACAAGCAACUAAAGCUAGCAAGGAGUUUAGCUCGUGGAAUCAUUGACAGAGAUCUCAAACCAAGCAAUAAUGAAAGAAAGUCCAUACAACGGAUAUUGAAAUACCCCCCAACAAGGAUUUUGAGUGGAGAUGAGAAGCAGCUUUUGUGGAAAUUCCGUUUCUCAUUGAUGUCUGAGAAGAGGGCUCUCACGAAGUUUCUCCGAUGUGUUGAAUGGAGUGAUCUUCAGGAAGCAAAGCAGGCAUUAGAACUGAUGGGCAAGUGGGAAAUGAUAGAUGUGUGCGAUGCAUUGGAGCUUCUGUCUCCUGUUUUUGAAAGUGAAGAGGUUCGUGCAUAUGCUGUCAGUGUUCUUGAAAGAGCUGAUGAUGAAGAGCUUCAAUGUUACUUACUUCAACUGGUUCAGGCUCUUCGUUUCGAGCGCUCUGAUAAAUCUCGCCUUUGCCAUUUCCUUGUGCAACGAUCAUUGCGCAAUAUCGAGUUGGCUAGCUUUCUCCGUUGGUAUGUUACCGUGGAACUUAAUGAUCCUGCAUAUGCAAAGCGUUUUUACUGUACCUAUGAGAUCCUCGAAGACAAUAUGAUGAAGUUGGGAGCUGGUGCAAAUGGAGAUGAAGACGGACUUAAGUUAUGGCAGAGUUUGGUGCGUCAGACAGAACUGACAGCUCAGUUGUGUUUAAUAAUGAGAGAUGUAAGAACUGUGCGUGGUGGAACCCAGAAGAAAAUUGAAAAGCUUAGACAGCUUCUUUCUGGCCUUCUUAGUGAGCUUACCUAUUUUGAAGAGCCAAUACGAUCACCAGUUGCACCAGGUGUGCUCAUCACUGGUAUCGUGCCUUCAGAAUCAUCAAUAUUCAAGAGUGCUCUGCAUCCUUUACGCCUGACUUUCCGAACAGCAAGUGGUGGAAGUUGCAAGAUCAUAUUUAAGAAGGGGGAUGAUAUUCGACAAGACCAAUUGGUUGUUCAAAUGGUAUCUCUCAUGGAUCGAUUGCUUAAAUUGGAGAAUCUUGAUCUACACUUAACUCCGUACAGAGUACUAGCAACUGGACAGGAUGAAGGCAUGCUGGAAUUCAUACCAUCCAGCUCUUUGGCGCAGAUUCUCUCUGAACAUCGUAGUAUUAUAAGCUAUCUGCAGAAGUUUCAUCCGGAUGAGCAUGGGCCUUUUGGAAUCACAGCCACCUGUCUUGAAACAUUUAUAAAAAGCUGUGCUGGCUACUCAGUUAUUACAUAUAUUCUGGGCAUUGGAGACAGGCACCUAGACAACCUUCUCCUUAGGGAUGAUGGGCGUCUGUUCCAUGUUGAUUUUGGAUUUAUUUUAGGCCGAGAUCCUAAGCCAUUUCCACCACCAAUGAAGCUUUGCAAAGAAAUGGUUGAGGCUAUGGGUGGAGCAGAAAGCCCAUACUAUACCAGGUUCAAAUCCUAUUGUUGUGAAGCAUACAAUAUCCUCCGCAAAUCUAGUAACCUCAUUUUGAAUCUGUUCCAUCUGAUGGCGGGUUCCAAUAUUCCUGACAUAGCUUCUGAUCCUGAGAAAGGCAUUCUUAAGCUUCAAGAGAAGUUUAAGUUGGACUUGGACGAUGAAGCCUGCAUUCACUUUUUCCAGGAUCUUAUCAAUGAGAGUGUGAGUGCAUUGUUUCCUCAAAUGGUUGAAACAAUUCAUCGGUGGGCUCAAUACUGGCGCUGAUCCCACAAGUUUGUUGGUGUCAGUUACACCUUUGUAAAUAGCCAGGUAAUUUCUACUUUCUGUUGCUCAGGCAUGUUGGUACGUGUUGCAAAAACUGGCUGAUGAAGUUAAACACAGUAGUUUUUUAGUUGAAAUUUUUUAAAUUAGAUCGGAUUUUGUAUAAUUUAUCUAUUGUUGGUUGGGGUUGGGGGCUCAGCUAAAGUUCAAUCAAGUCUGAGAUACACUUGGCCUGAUUUAACAGAUUCUUGAAGCCCCUGUACUCUAUUUUAGUUCCUGAUAAGACGGUUUUGGACAACAGUAUUGAAAAACUUGCAACACUAUCUUCUUAGAAAUUUUAUGGAGCUUUAUGGGAGUACCCUUCAUUCUGUCUCUUUAUUAUGCAGUGUGUUCUAAUGAGAAUGGUGAUCUUUCAAAUUGCUUCUUUGAUACACUUUGUAAUGUGCAUUGUAGUUUUUGGUAAAAUUAUAAGCAUUUAUGCGUUGAGCCUAUUCCAAGAAACCAUUUGAAAACCUAACACUUUCUUCUCUUGUGCUGUCAUUAUAUUGGUUGAUACAAUGGUCCGACUCAUGUUGGGGGUCUAUGUUGGAACCAACCAACAUGGAUGGUUAUUGCACUUCAAUGUUGGAUCUCAUUUUCUCAGUUUGCCUUUUCAUCUGAUUUCUGUAUUAUUAUAUUACUGUUAUUAUUUUGUUUUUAAUGGAUGCUUGCGGAUGCAAUCUAGUGGUAGGUCAUACUACAACCUCAAUGCCUUCAAAUGCAAGACAAAAGCACUGAUGAUGCAGGUCUAUUGCAUGAUUGGCCCCAACAAAGAAGAUUUAUGCUUUUCUUUUUGUGCUGUUAAUUUAAUAUCUGAAAAUCUAUUGUCUUUUUUGUUCAGAAUUCAGAGCAUGGAAGGAACUUGAAUGAGCUGUUGUGUAACUGUAUAUAAAUUUAUUUAAUGUCCUUUUAUGUAGGCUUAAGCUCGAUAGUUAUUUUCCAGAGAUACUGUUACAUAUAUAUAUAUAUAUAUCUUGUUAUUUGUAUAUUUUAUUGCCAAUUUGGCUCUGAUCAAUUUGAAAUAUUUGGGGCGCUUCUAUC